CUUUUGCAAGGUUUCAAGUCUGCAGCUUACAGACCAUUCCGGCUGCUCCGAGAGGCAGCACACCCAACCAUGUCACCUCCGAGAUCUGGUAACGACUUAUGAAUAUCAAUGUGACUUUCCCUUGCAAAAGGAUCCUUCAGAUAAGGUGUCUACAUAAUACUCAGUUUGCCAACCUUGACAGAAGAAGCAUAAAGUUCUGAUUAUCAAAAGGAAGGAACAAAUGAAGUUCUGGAAGUGAAAAGCACACAUUUGUAAGUCUCUUAGAUAAGGAAAAUACAGCAUGAAUGAAUGCUCCUUGGAAAACGGUGAAAUACCUGAUUCACCAACCUUACCAGAAGAAGCAGAACAUUCCGAAGAGAAAUCAAGUGUGAUAGAUGGGGCUGAAACUCCACAAAGUGGAAGCUACUCAGAUACAUGUGUUUCGUACAAGGAUAAUAUGAAUGCUGAAGGCUCCCAAGAAGAGGGUGAGCUAAUAAGUGAUUUGCCAACCUUACCAGAAGAAGCAGAACAUUCCCAGAAUAAAACUAAUGACAACCCUUCAGGGGGGACUUCUGCACGUCACCAUCACCUCAUGACUACAAGAGAACUUCAGGUUUACUGGAAGAAAGAGAAACACGAAUCAAAACCAGUCAAACUCCUUUUCCAGAUCCACUCCACCCGCAUAGCUGAGGAUUUUCUUUCCAAGUUUGUGAUGUACCAGAUCGUAAUAAUUAAAACAGGAAGUUUUGAUGGAAAGAAGGUCUUCAUCGAGAGAAGAUACUCUGACUUUGAACGUCUUCACAGAAAUUUACUAAAAGGCUUUAGGGAAGAAAUGGAAGAUAUCGUAUUUCCGAAAAAGGUCCUACUGGGAAAUCUCACCGAAGAGAUGAUCAACAAAAGGAUGAUGGCCCUUAAAAAUUAUCUUGAAGAAUUAUAUGCUCUAAAAUGUGUAAGAAGGUCCCAGAAAUAUAUUGAGUUUUUCAUUCAGCCAGAACUGGAAGAAGGAUACAGCUGUAUACGAGGAGGACAGUACAAUACUGCUACAGGUAUCUUCCAACAAGUUGUCUAUCUUCAAGAAAAGUUGGUUGAACAUUGUCCUAAGUUAUUGGUGCCAUCUCUGUGCGCGUUCGUUGUAUGCUAUAGAGAUAUGAAUCAAUCAGAAAUGGCUUACGAGGUUGGGAUGCAAGCCCUUGAACUUCUUGAGAAGCACACCACACACAGAUAUUAUAUGCCAUUACUAGAUACUUUGGUUUCAUUGGCUUAUAAAACAGGCAAAGACUACAUGACUUUACGGGAAAAGAUGAAAACAAAUGAAAUGAAGGAGAGAAGAACAUUUGACUUUGAAAUGCUUACACUAAAGGAGCUUGUGGUGCAAGAGCAUGUUAAAGAUUAAGCCCACAUGAAUCAAAUUCCAAGAAAUUAAUGUAAAAAAAAAAAUAAUUGAAAUUUUAUAAAAAUACAAGCAGUUUUCUCACUGGGCACAGAGCCUCUUAAAGAGGACCUUUCACUAGGAUAAAACAUCUAAACUAACUAUACAGACAUGGAGAGCGGCGCCCAGGGAUCUCCCUGCACUUACUAUUAUACCUGGGCGCUGCUCUGUUCUCCCGGUAUA